AUGGAAACUGACGCAGAAAAGAACAUUGAAAUUUGGAAAGUCAAGAAAUUAAUUACCUCUUUACAAAAGGCAAGAGGUAAUGGUACGUCCAUGAUUUCUUUGGUCAUCCCACCAAAGGGUCAAAUUGCAUUGACACAAAAGAUGUUGACUGAUGAAUAUGGUACUGCAUCAAAUAUUAAAUCAAGAGUUAACCGUCUUUCUGUCUUAUCAGCCAUUACCUCCACACAACAAAAACUGAAAUUAUACAAUAAACUACCACCAAACGGGUUAGUGCUGUACUGUGGGGAUAUCAUCACUGAAGAUGGUAAAGAAAAGAAAGUUACAUUCGAUAUCGAACCAUACAAACCUAUAAAUACUUCCUUAUAUUUAUGUGAUAAUAAAUUCCAUACUGAAGUUUUAUCUGAAUUGUUAGAAGCUGAUGAUAAGUUUGGGUUCAUCGUUAUGGAUGGGCAAGGUACUUUAUUCGGUCUUCUUGCAGGUAAUUCAAGAACAGUCUUACAUAAAUUCACAGUGGAUUUACCAAAGAAGCACGGUAGAGGUGGUCAAUCCGCUGUUCGUUUUGCUCGUUUAAGAGAAGAAAAGAGACAUAAUUAUAUCAGAAAAGUUGCAGAAGUCGCUGUGCAAAAUUUCAUUACUAAUGAUAAAGUGAACGUUAAGGGGUUAGUGUUAGCUGGUUCUGCUGAUUUCAAGACUGAUUUAGCUAAAUCAGAAUUAUUCGAUCCAAGAUUGUCCGCCAAAGUUGUUCAAAUUGUUGAUAUUUCCUAUGGUGGUGAAAACGGGUUCAAUCAAGCCAUCGAACUUUCCGCUGAAGCUUUGUCUAAUGUCAAGUUUGUUCAAGAAAAGAAACUAUUAGAUAGUUACUUCGAUGAAAUAUCUCAAGAUACUGGUAAAUUCUGUUACGGUAUUGAUGAUACUUUGAAGGCGUUAGAUCUUGGUGCAGUUGAAACUUUGAUUGUUCACGAAAAUUUGGAUACUGUAAGAUAUAUCUUCAAGAAUUCUGAAGAUGAAGAAGUUAUUAAGUUCGUUAAACCAAAUCAAAAAGAUAAAUCAUAUGUAAUGGAUAAAGCCACAGGUAAAGAAACGGAAGCUGUGUCUGAUAAACCUCUUGUCGAAUGGUUAGCAGAACAUUAUAAAGAAUUCGGUGCCACUCUAGAGUUCAUUACAGAUAAGUCUUCAGAAGGUGCCCAAUUUGUCACUGGUUUCGGUGGUAUCGGUGGUCUUUUACGUUAUAAGGUUAACUUCGAGCAAUUAGCUGAUGAUUCUGAUGACGAAUAUUAUGAUGAAGAUGAAGAAGAAUCUGAUUACGAUUUUAUCUAA